AUGCAUCUUUCGAGACUCUCGAGUCGAGUGUGCGCUUACGACUUUGACACUCCGACUAGCACGCACCCACUGUUCCUCGUGCCCCGCUCCAUUUGCCGCUCGCUCAAUCACUACAAGACCACACUGCGAAUACCGCCGCCCGACCUUCGAUACCCUCGUCGUCAACAUGAAGUUCUCGCUCGCUGCUUUUGCUCCCUGGGCCAUGCUCGCCUUGACCAGCGUCUCGUCAGUCGCUGCCGUUCCACGUCAUGCCAAGCGACAGUCGACGUCGUCGACCGCAUCCACGGCUCCUUCUCCCCUUACUCCCAGCACCACUAA